UUCACGUAAACAAGCGAUGAAAAUGUGGACACUUUUUAGUCAGUGAACUGUAUGGAGUUCCACUGCUGUGAUCUAGCCGUAUUAGAGGCGAAUGAACGGAAAAGUUCGAAGCCUCUACAAUUCAUCACGUUCGUUCGUUCUAGCCGAAAACAAUCUCUUUUCCUAAUUUACAUGAACUCAGCUCACGAUGUGUUCGAAACAAACCGUUGUCCACUGGUUUCGCAAAGGUCUCCGAGUGCACGACAACCCAGCUCUCAAAGCAGCUGUCCAGAGAGUUUCGGACGCUCCGAACAAGUUAGUGUUAAGACCCAUAUUUAUUCUGGAUCCGGUCAUUCUCAAAUGGCUCCGUGUGGGUCCCAACAGGUGGCGAUUUCUACAGCAAUCUCUAGCUGAUCUUGAUCAGAAUCUCCGUGAAAUUAAUAGCAGAUUGUACGUUGUCCGGGGAAACCCGGUGGAAGUGUUCCCUUCGUUGUUCCAAGAAUGGGAAGUUUCGCUGCUCACUUACGAGUACGAUAUCGAACCGUACGCAGUGAAGCGUGAUGUAGCUGUGCAGAAUUUAGCUGAGAAGCAUAAUGUUAGUGUACUCGCUGAGAGAUCCCACACAAUUUAUGAUCCCGAUGUUAUCCUCAAAAUGAACGGUGGCAAACCGCCGUUGACGUACCAAAAGUACAAUAGCCUGGCAUCCAAAUGCGCAAUUCCAGAGCCAAUAGAAAAGCCAGAAGAGUUACCACAAGGUUGUUCGCCCAAUCGGGACUCGAAGGAACAAAAUGAUGAUGAAUGCUACGAUCCACCCACAUUGGUGGAAUUGGGAGUGAGGCAGGAAGACCUUGGAGAAUGUAAAUUCCCUGGGGGAGAGACCGAAGGAUUGAGACGACUUCAGGAAUACAUGAAGCGCAAAUCGUGGGUAUGCUCAUUCGAAAAGCCCAACACAUCACCCAAUUCGAUCGAACCCAGCACAACUGUCUUGAGUCCGUACGUGAAAUUUGGUUGCCUCAGCUCGAGGCUGUUUAUGAGCGAGCUGAGAAAGGUUCUUCAAGGGCAGAAGCAUUCCCAACCACCCGUUUCGCUAGUAGGACAGCUGAUGUGGCGAGAGUUUUAUUAUUGUGCCGCAGCUUCGGAGCCAAAUUUCGACAAAAUGGUUGGUAAUAGCAUUUGUUUGCAGGUGCCUUGGGUCACCAAUUCGCAACAUUUGGAAGCGUGGACUCACGGCCGCACAGGGUAUCCUUUUAUCGAUGCAAUUAUGCGUCAACUGCGUCAGGAAGGGUGGAUUCACCACCUGGCUCGUCAUGCGGUCGCAUGCUUCUUAACAAGGGGAGAUCUUUGGAUUUCGUGGGAGGAAGGGCAACGGGUUUUCGAGGAACUUCUACUUGAUGCUGAUUGGGCACUGAAUGCUGGUAACUGGAUGUGGUUGUCGGCUUCCGCCUUUUUCCAUCAGUAUUUCCGGGUAUACAGUCCAGUGGCAUUUGGAAAGAAAACCGAUCCUGAAGGAAAAUUCAUAAAAAAAUAUGUUCCAGAGUUGAAAAAAUAUCCCGCCGGUAUCAUCUACGAACCGUGGAAGGCUAGUCUUGAAACGCAGAAAAAAUUAGGCUGCAUAAUUGGGAAAGACUAUCCAAAUCGCAUCGUAAUACACGAGGAAAUCUCCAAAAAGAAUAUACAGAAAAUGACAGAAGCAUAUCGCAAAAACAAGGCGAUGAAGGAGGCUCAAUCAAAGCAAUCUGAUGAAGAAUCAAAGCAAUCGAGUAAACGGAAAUCAAGCACUGUUUCAUCUAAGCCUCCUGGUAAGAAGCGCAAGCUAUAAACAUUAAAUUCACACAUUUCUGAUGUGCGUUACGAUAUGAAAUAAACAGCAUACAAAUUCUCA